CUGAAUUUCGUGAGGUCAUCUGUGCUCUGGUCCAGGACUGUUUGCGAAGCGCUCAGGAUGAUCGGCGCACGCGAUCCGCUCUCGAAGUCGCGUUUCAUCUGCGAUUCAUGGCACAUCAUGGUACGAAAUCUGCGUCACGCGACACGGUAUUUGAAGGAGAAAGCCACAUUAUUUCAGAAAGAAUUAAGAAGCAAGACGAUGCUUGGAUGGCGGAGGACGUCGACACCAGCGCGGCUCCAGCUACACUGUCGCUGA